AGAAAUGGGCGAUAAAACGACGUUGACUAUGAGCUUAUUCCCACGUUCCAAAAACUGCUGUAGAUAUCUCUCUGUAAAGCUUCCAGCAGAGUCUCCCUCAUCUCGAACGUGGCCGGCCUCUCCCCUCGCUCACAUUGCCAGCGCACUGACUUGUGCUUCUGCUGCACUACACAUGCAUAGAACUACUCGUAUUUGUUUAUGGAUGGCUCCGUAGAUCUAGAUCAUCCUCGCACUUCGCCGCCGCCGAUGGGACCGCCUGGAGGAGAAGCCACCUCUUCUUCCAGCUCCACUCAGCCCUCCGUUAAGUUCGCCAAUGAUGUCGCUACCGCUUCUCCCCCUUCCAAUGGUCGCAGCAACUCUUCAGGGGGUGGAGAGGCGGUUUUCACUAGAGUGAAUACUACGCCUGCAAAAAUUUUGAAUUGCGGGGAACUGGAGUCUCCUUCGGUGUUGGAACGGUCAAAGACUGAUGGGCAAAGGCUUUACAAUAUACUCCCUGAAGAAGCUGCUCGGAUUUAUGACAACCAAAUUUCUGUUCAGGAGAAGCUCAGCUUGUUAAACAGAAUAGCUACUGUUAAACAUGACGGAACUGUAGAGUUUGAAGUCCCAGUAGAUGUUGAACCUCAAAUUCUUGGAAUUGACACUGAAAGUGUGUACAAUGAAGUGGAUGAAGAGCCUAUUGAUGCUACAGAGCUGCAAUAUAUUCCUCCGUUGCAAAUUGUAAUGCUUAUUGUUGGAACUCGUGGGGAUGUACAGCCAUUUGUUGCCAUUGGAAAGCGGCUACAGGAUUAUGGCCAUCGUGUUAGAUUAGCUACUCAUUCCAAUUUCAAAGAGUUUGUCUUGUCUUCUGGGCUGGAAUUCUAUCCUCUUGGUGGUGAUCCUAAAGUUCUUGCAGGAUACAUGGUUAAAAACAAAGGGUUUUUACCGUCUGGGCCUUCUGAAAUACCUGUACAAAGAAAUCAAAUGAAGGAGAUAAUUUUCUCUCUACUUCCAGCAUGCAAAGAGCCCGACCUUGAUUCUGGGAUUCCUUUCAAAGCAGAUGCAAUUAUUGCUAAUCCUCCAGCAUAUGGUCAUGUACAUGUUGCAGAGGCUUUGAAGAUACCAAUUCAUAUAUUUUUUACAAUGCCAUGGACGCCAACCAGUGAAUUCCCUCAUCCUUUAUCUCGUGUUAAGCAGUCAGCUGGAUAUAGAUUAUCUUAUCAGAUAGUUGACUCCUUGAUCUGGCUAGGAAUAAGAGAUAUGAUAAACGAUGUUAGGAAAAAAAAACUCAAGCUACGCCCAGUAACAUACUUGAGUGGAUCACAGGGCUCUGAAUCUGAUAUUCCCCAUGGAUAUAUCUGGAGUCCUCAUCUUGUUCCUAAACCAAAAGAUUGGGGACCAAAGAUUGAUGUUGUUGGAUUUUGCUUUCUUGAUCUUGCGACAAAUUACGAGCCACCUGAGUCUCUUUUAAACUGGCUUAAAGCAGGUCCAAAGCCUGUAUAUAUUGGUUUUGGCAGUCUGCCUGUUCAAGAACCAGAGAAAAUGACAAAAAUAAUUGUUGAGGCUUUAGAAACAACUCAGCAAAGGGGCAUAAUUAACAAAGGCUGGGGUGGCCUUGGUGACUUGGCAGCAGGGAAGGACUUUGUAUACUUGUUGGAUAAUGUUCCUCAUGACUGGCUUUUCUUGCAAUGUUCUGCUGUGGUGCAUCAUGGGGGAGCCGGUACAACUGCUGCAGGCCUUAAAGCUGCGUGUCCAACAACUAUCAUCCCUUUCUUUGGUGACCAGCCUUUUUGGGGAGAGAGAGUCCAUGCCAGAGGUGUAGGUCCUCCACCGAUCCCGGUCGAUGAGUUUUCACUUAAAAAGUUGGUUGAUGCAAUCAACUUUAUGUUAGAUCCGAAGGUGAAGGAGCAGGCAAUUGAACUUGCAAAAGCCAUGCAAAAUGAAGAUGGGGUUAGCGGAGCCGUGAAUGCAUUUCUCAAACAUCUAUGUAGGAAUCUCGAGCCUGACCGCAGAUCUACAAAAUCGAGCUUAUUCUCAGUUCGUUCAUGCUUUGGUUGUUCGUAGGUUUGGGUAGAUGAGGUAUUUAUUAUUCCCUCAUAUAUUGAUCCCUCUGUUAACUAUUAUUAUUUGAUCUUGAUUCUUUUCACCCCUUUUGCCACAAUAUUGCAUCCUUGUUGUAUCAAUGUGUUUUGUCUUGGCAAUAAGAAGAGUUAAUUAUAUCC